CCCCCCCCCCCCCCUUUUGCUUCCUGUCGCACGCAGAUUCCUUCGCUGUCAACUUCCAACCAUGGCCGACGCUCCCGUUACCCUGCGGACUCGCAAGUUCAUCCGCAACCCCCUGCUUGCUCGCAAGCAGAUGGUCGUGGAUGUCCUCCACCCCAACCGCGCCAACGUCUCCAAGGACGAACUCCGCGACAAGCUCGCCGACCUGUACAAGGCCAACAAGGACCAGGUCUCCGUCUUCGGUUUCCGUACGCAGUACGGUGGCGGUAAGAGCACUGGUUUCGCUCUCGUCUACGACUCCCAGGAGGCCCUGAAGAAGUUCGAGCCCCACUACCGUCUGGUCCGCAUCGGUGCUGCCACCAAGAUCGAGAAGCCCAGCAGACAGCAGCGCAAGCAACGGAAGAACCGCUCCAAGAAGUUCCGCGGUACCGAGAAGGUCAAGGGCCCCAAGAAGAACAAGAACUAAGCGGCUCGAUUCGGUUGAGAGUUCUCUGCGUUUACGUUUAUUGGUGAAAAUAUGGAAGGGGGAACCGAAUAGAGUGGCUCGCUGGC